AUGGGAGAGGUGGCACUUACACCCCAGGAUGUUGAUAUUCUUCUAGGCCUUCCUAUAGAUGGUCAUGCACUUAUAUCCGAUUGCACUCUCGGGCCUGGCAUGUCUUGGAUUGGUUUGGUUGCAUCCAUAUUUGGACAUGCUCUUGCACCUACUCGCUUUAAUGGCUAUAGGCUUCAGUUGAGAUUCUUCUCAUCUAUUACUCCAGGGAGGUUAUCAGAUGUUGCCUCAGCGGAGGAAGUCCUUUUGCACACCAGAUGUUAUUUGGUACAUAUUAUUGGUGGUGUGUUAUUUACAGAUCAUUUUGGAGGUUCUAUUCAUCCUAUGUACUUGUUGUUUCUUCGUGAUCUGGAUAUGUAUGGUGAUUAUGCUUGGGGUGCAGCCGUACUUGCAUUCUUAUAUAGGGAGCCGUGCAAGGGUUGCAACACAGACAAAGAAGAGGUUGUUGGGUGUUUGUUAUUACUUCAGUUAUGGGCAUGGGAGAGAUUGCCUACUCUUGCUCCCAUUCGUCUGAAUGUGCCUUUACAUGAUUCUCGUUUGUGGGAUGGGCAGCUUGCUAGUCCAUAUGGAGCCUGGUAA